AUGGCAGGGGAGCCUGUCACCACUCCGGGCCUUGUCCCAAGUCACCUCAAACGAGCAACCGCGGAUGCAAAUCCUCUCAUCGAAGUUAUACAACGGUUUCUGGCUCAUGUCCAACCUGGCAGCGGGGCCAAUAUCGAGAGGAUUGUCGCUCUGGUUGCGCUUUACAAGGUGGUCUCGCCCGUGUGGCGCUACGCGAAGGACCUCUUUCUUCGCUCUCUCACGAGCCGCAUCUCAAUCCCGGAAUACGACCCGGUUGCUCAGGACAUCAUCCAAUGGGUUUCCGCAGAGGUCAUCAACAAGAACCCUCUGAGUACCAGCGCGACAGUCAUGACCGGAGACAUGGGACGAUUUGGGGCAGACAUGUACGGAGGCUAUUUUCCGGGUGGUAGGUUACAGAUACGAGGCCAGCCAAAGCGGCAAUCCGAUGAAGUGAACUGCCUACCGCCAGUGGGGAAGAAGUUCUUCUGGGUCGGCUUUCGCCCGUUCCUAUUCGCUCGUACUGGCGCCGCCAUCAGUUCAAAACACCACGGCGGACGCGCGCUGAUCGAUUACCAAGGAACACAGCAAAACUCGGUCGUUCUCUUCACUCCUGGGUGGAGUCUACACCCAUUGAUGGAAUUCGUCAAGCACUGUCAUGAUUACAAGCUCGUUAACAGGGCUGGUACAACGAACAUCUACUUUUCUAGCGGAAAGAUGGAUGCUUACAGCGGCCACCUUUGGUCUACCGUCGUCAAAGCGAGGCGUAAGCUCGAUACCAUUGAUAUGGAUGACGCAUCGAAGGCCGAGCUGGUAUCUGAUGCCGAGUACUACUACAGCGAGGAAUCAAAGAAGUUCUUCGCAGAUUGCGGUAUACCUUAUCGUCGUGGUUACCUCUUCUAUGGCCCACCGGGUACGGGAAAGACGAGCUUCAGCGCCGCCCUUGCCGGUCACCUUAGCUGCGAUCUUUAUCUCAUCAAUCUCGCGACGGGCGAUGUUAGCGACGGAUACCUCCACCGCCUCUUUCUAGCAUUGCCUCGCAAGUGCAUAGUCGUUAUCGAAGACAUUGAUAGCUGCGGCAUCGGUCGCGAGCAAGGUCCCGCGUCGAGCGAGCCGAAGCACCUACGCAAGUCGUCAGCUCCAGGAGCACCCUCAACCGUGUCUAAUGGUUUGGUGUUCUCUGGUCAGACUCCCGUGCCGCAAAAGCGGAACAUGGUGACUUUGUCCGGCCUCCUCAACGCCAUCGACGGGAACGCCUCAGCCGAAGGGCGACUGCUGAUCAUGACCUCGAACAACCCGGAUAUUCUAGACGAAGCCCUUACACGUCCUGGUCGUAUUGAUAUGAAAGUUUGUUUUGGGAAGAUGAUGGCCAAAGCCCUUCGGGACAUCUUCAAGCGCCUAAUCGGUCGCGCCGCGAUUGCGAGCAAGAAGUAUACGGAAUACCAGAUCGAAGAGUACGCGUCAGAAUUCAGCGCGAAAGUCCCUCCGGAUACCUUCACGCCAGCACAAGUUCAAAACUUUCUUCAGAACUGUCGAGGCGACCCCAUCAAAGCGAUGCAAGGAGUCGACGCAUGGGUCAAGAAGACCCGUAAUCAGGCACCGGAGGAGGCCAUGAAGGACAGUGCGUCGCUCAAUCCGCCGCCUGCGGUGGCCGAGGUGAGUCCGCAGCAUACCGUGCUGCCGGCCGCGUUCGAAUCCCUUGUCACUAGCCUCCACGCCAGUUGA